GUCAGUUGCGUAGCAGUGAAGGGAAAAGCUCGGUGGGAGGGUGUGCUCUGUUCGUCCUCUUCGUUGGGAUUCAGUCCAUUUUGGAGAGUCUCCGCAGCAGCCGUCACCAUGUCGGUCCCAAGCGCACUCAUGAAGCAGCCGCCCAUUCAGUCUACGGCUGGGGCCGUCCCAGUUCGCAACGAGAAAGGUGAGAUUUCAAUGGAAAAGGUGAAGGUAAAACGUUAUGUGUCCGGAAAGAGACCAGAUUAUGCCCCUAUGGAGUCCUCAGAUGAAGAGGAUGAAGAAUUUCAGUUCAUUAAGAAAGCUAAGGAACAAGAAGCAGAGCCUGAGGAACAGGAGGAGGAUUCAUCCAGUGACCCCCGACUUCGGCGUUUACAGAACCGCAUUAGUGAAGAUGUGGAAGAGAGAUUGGCUCGACACAGAAAAAUCGUGGAACCUGAAGUAGUGGGAGAGAGUGACUCAGAAGUAGAAGGAGAUGCUUGGCGAGUGGAGCGGGAAGACAGCAGCGAGGAAGAGGAGGAAGAAAUUGACGAUGAAGAAAUAGAGCGGCGCCGUGGCAUGAUGCGUCAGCGAGCACAGGAGAGAAAAAAUGAAGAGAUGGAAGUCAUGGAGGUGGAAGAUGAAGGACGCUCUGGGGAAGAGUCUGAGUCAGAGUCUGAAUAUGAGGAGUACACAGACAGUGAAGAUGAAAUGGAGCCUCGACUUAAGCCUGUCUUCAUUCGAAAGAAGGAUCGGGUGACAGUUCAAGAGAGAGAAGCUGAAGCACUGAAACAGAAGGAACUGGAACAGGAAGCAAAGCGCAUGGCUGAGGAGCGGCGGAAGUACACACUCAAGAUUGUAGAAGAAGAGACUAAGAAAGAGCUGGAGGAGAACAAGCGCUCCCUUGCCGCCCUGGAUGCGCUCAAUACUGAUGAUGAAAAUGAUGAGGAGGAGUACGAGGCCUGGAAAGUCCGUGAGCUCAAGAGGAUCAAGCGGGAGAGAGAAGACCGAGAAGCGCUUGAAAAGGAGAAAGCAGAAAUUGAACGCAUGAGAAACCUGACUGAGGAAGAAAGGCGGGCUGAACUUCGGGCAAAUGGCAAAGUCAUUACCAACAAAGCUGUUAAAGGCAAAUACAAGUUUCUACAAAAGUAUUAUCACCGAGGUGCCUUCUUCAUGGAUGAGGAUGAAGAAGUCUACAAGAGAGAUUUCAGUGCACCUACUCUUGAGGACCAUUUCAACAAAACCAUUCUUCCCAAAGUCAUGCAGGUCAAGAAUUUUGGUCGGUCUGGUCGCACCAAGUACACCCACCUAGUGGAUCAAGAUACCACCUCCUUUGACUCUGCGUGGGGCCAAGAGAGUGCCCAGAACACAAAAUUCUUUAAACAAAAGGCAGCAGGGGUGCGAGAUGUAUUUGAGCGACCAUCUGCCAAGAAGAGGAAAACCACCUAGGCUUCAGCUACUUAUUCCAACUGUGGGACACAAGGGGAUCUGGUCCUCAAUUUUCUUGAACCAUUAUUGACAUAGUUCUUGUACAGAGCUUUUCAGACUUGCAGCCAUAACUUGUGUUGGAAGGUGCUUUGUAAGAGGUUUGGACUCGUACUGAGAAACCCACAGAGACGCACUAACCUGGUAGGACUAGAGGCUUCCCACUUAAAACUAUUCCUGAGAAAUCUUAGGUUUCUAUUCCCAUAUUGACUUGGGACUAUUCUGAGUUUGUAUUCCAGCCUGGAUCAGAUACUUGGACAUGUGAAUGCAAGGGGCAUUACUUCUUCCUUAGGGUUAGCAGUAGGCUAUCAGGAAAUCCAAGCUCAGUUCAACCUGUUUUUCAUUUGGGGUGUUGAAUCUACAGUGUUUUUAUUUGUUU